UUUAGGUAUUUGAUUGAUUUCCACUCCAGACGGAGUGCAGGUCACAUCUACAGACAUUCUAAAUAAUCCCUCUUUUGUUGGUGUUAACUUCAGCUCAGCUGUGCUCUUAUCAGUACCUGCUGAGGGGGGGCUGUAACUGAGGCCCUCACAAAGGCUGCAUCACAGCUUGUUUCCAUGUGAUACGACCUCCAGAGAUGCAUCUGACCUGUCCUGUACAGCACAUGCGUCUUCUGGUCCAUGUAGUAACCAUGUGGUGCUGGUCCAGAGCAGAACCUCUGCUGAAGUCCAGUCAUCACAUCUGUGUCUGUGUCCUUCUGUCAUUAGUUUGCUCCAAAGCUUCUCAUGUUUCUGUGUCAGCUGAUGUUUCAAAGCAGAGAAGAUGUUGGUCACCACACAGGGACUCUGUCUGUGAUGGACCAACAGGAAGUCGUCUCUAAAGCCACGACUCAGCAGUUUGUUUCACUGUGGACUGGAGUGAAAUGUGCAGAGUCAGCAGACUUGAUGCCUCAGUCCAAGACGUUAAGAUGAGCUAAAAGGAAGCUGCUCCGGCUGACUGAAGUCCUACUUUUCCCUUAAAUUUGCUUUCAGCCACAUGGGGGCGCUCUAGUGCAAAGGGUCUCGCACCUGAUGCUGAGGCGGGGGAUCGAACCACAGACUUUGCCUUCCGAGUCCGAUGCUCUACCAAAUGAACACGACUGAAAACCUGCUGCUCUUUGUCCUGGAUGUGACAGAUGAAAAAUUGUCGGCCCUCCAUCUCUCUUUCUGCUUUGCUAAACGUUUCUUUUCGUUUCUACUGACUGGAUUUAUGCUUCAUUGACUGUGAAGCCAUUGCUGCUUUAACCGUUAACAGACGAUCUGAUCUCAAAGUUCGUGGGCCCUUAGAAUCGUCCUAACAGAGGGAGGAGAUCAUACGGAUGGUGGAGAUCUGAUGCAGGCGAUAGAUGGAAUCAGGUAGAAAGUGUGAAUCCAGCAGCAUGAAUCAGUGUGAGGACAGAGAGGAGGGAGCCCCUCCCUCUAAAACCAGUCUGUGUGGGGACCAUGAGAACCAGAACAAAGCUCAGAGGUCCCAUCAGAGACGAGGAUCACCUGGACCUGGACCUGGACCUGGACCUGAACCUGGACCCAGCUGUGUGUCCUUCAAGAGUGACUGGUCAAAUGACCGUUUUAUUAAUUUCAAAGACCAACCUGUAUCAGAGUCACAAGUGGACCAGCAGAGCUCAGAGGUUCCCAGUGCUCAGUCUGUCCAGCAGCACCAAACACAGCUGGACUCCAUAUUUAUGCUGCUGGAGGAAAACAUUGUCACGUUUGUGAAGAAGGAGCUGAAGAAGAUGCAGAAGGUUCUGAGUCCAGAUUACCCAGAAUGCUUAGAGAGUCAGAAGGAGGAUGAGGAGGAGUUGGAUGGUGAGGAUGAAGAGCAGAGGAGGAGCAGCAGAGACGCGUUUCUGAAGAUCACAGUGAACUUCCUGAGGAGGAUGAAGCAGAAGGAGCUGGCUGACUGUCUGCAGAGUGUGAUGUUUCCCAUCACAUAUUACCAGCAGAUGCUUCAAUCAAACCUCCAAGACCAGUUUCUGUGUGUGAAACCAGGCUGGUCAGAAGUCGACCAACGUCUGGAUGACAUCUACACAGAGCUGUACAUCACAGCUGGGCCGGAUUCACACAUCAACACACAGCAUGAGGUCCAACAGGUUGAGACGACACAGCAGAAGCAAAGAUCAGCAGAGGAGCCAGUGAAGCCCAGUGACCUGUUCAAACAUCCCCCUGGUAAAUACAGACGCAUCAGAACAGUGUUGACCAAUGGAAUCGCUGGGAUUGGAAAAACAGUCCUUGUGAACAAGUUUGUGUUGGACUGGACCCAACAAAGGUCCAAUCAAGACGUGCAUCUGAUUUUCCCCUUCACCUUCCGUCGUCUGAAUCCACUGAAGGGACAGAAGUUUAGUUUGUCAGAGCUCAUUCAUGAAUGUAUCCCAGAAACUGAGUCCAUCAGCCUGGAGGCUCUGAAUUACAUCUUUACACAUCUACAGUCAUCAGGAAACAGCAACUAUGACAAGAGCAGCUUCAAACUUCUGUUUGUGCUUGAUGGACUGGACGAGAGUCGCCUCCAACUGGACUGUAGCACCAGUGAGAAGGAGACGGGUCAACGUGACGUCACAGAGUCCACCUCAGUGGAUGAGCUGCUGACAAACCUCAUCAGAGGAAAACUACUACGCUCUGCUCGCAUCUGGAUCACCACACGACCUGCAGCAGCCAAUCAGAUUCAUGGAAACUUUGUUGAGGUGGUGACGGAGGUCAGAGGGUUCACUGACCCACAGAAGGAGGAGUUCUUCAGGAAGAGAUUCACAGAUGAGGAGCAGAGCAACACAAUCAUGUCCCACAUCAAGAUGGCACGAAGCCUCCACAUCAUGUGCCACAUCCCAGUCUUCUGCUGGAUCACUGCUACGGUUCUGGAGGAUCUGCUGGAAACCAGAGAGGGAGGAGAGCUGCCCAAGACCCUGACGGAGAUGUACGCAGAGUUCCUGGGGUUUCAGAUGGAUCGGACUAAAGACAAGUACGGACCAGAACAGAGCAGCAACUACAUCAAGUCAUUGGCUAAACUGGCUUUUAAGCAGCUGCAAAAGGGAAACUUGAUCUUCUAUCAGAAAGAUCUGAAAGAGAGCGGCAUCGAUGUCAGAGGAGCCUCAGUGUGUUCAGGAGUGUUCACAGAGAUCUUUAAACAGGAGCGAGGGAGGAAAACCAAGGACAAGAUGUUCAGCUUUGUUCAUCUGAGCGUUCAGGAGUUUCUGGCUGCUGUUCACAUGAUGCUCUGUUACACCAACGGGAAGAGGGAGGAACUGGAGGAGUUUCUGAGGAAAGACUGGGAUGAUGAUGAGGAGGAGGGUGAUGAUGUUUUGUUUUUGGGGAAAGUCUGGACAUAUGAACAUCAUAAUUCUUCUUCUUUUUAUUAUUAUAACAAAGUUUAUUCAUCUCUGGAUGAUGUCCUGAGUAAAACCAUGUUUAAAUCCCUCCUCAGUCCAAGUGGCCACCUGGACCUGUUUGUUCGCUUCCUUCAUGGCCUCUGUCUGGAGUCCAACCAGAGAAUCUUGGGAGGUUUGCUGGGUCACACAGAGAACAGUCCAGAAACCAUCCAGACAAUCAUCAAGAACCUGAAGGAGAUGAAGAGUGAUAGAAUCUCUCCAGACAGAAGCAUCAACAUCUUCCACUGUCUGAUGGAGAUGAACGACCACUCAGUCCAUCAACAGAUCCAAGAGUUCCUGAAGUCAGAGAACAGAUCAGAGAAGGAACUCUCCUUGAUCCAGUGCUCAGCUCUGGCCUACAUGCUGCAGAUGUCAGAGGAGGUUCUGGAUGAGUUGGACCUGAACAAGUACAAAACAUCAGUAAAGGGACGACAGAGACUGAUUCCAGCUGUGAGGAACUGCAGAAAGGCUCAACUUUCUAGAUGUGGACUCACAAAGACUCACUGUGAAGUUGUGGCCUCAGCUCUGAAGUCCAACCCGUCACAUCUGACACAUCUGGACCUGAGUAACAACAACCUGCAGGACUCAUCAGUGAAGGUUCUGUGUGCUGGACUGGAGAGUCCUCACUGUCGACUGGAGACUCUGAGAUUGAGUUGCUGCAGUUUGUCAGAGAUCAGCUGUGAUUCUCUGGUCUCAGCUCUGAAGUCCAACCCGUCACAUCUGACACAACUGAACCUGAAUCUUAACAACCUGCAGGAUUCAGGAGUGAAGCGUCUGUGUGGUUUUCUGGAGAGUCGUCACUGUCGACUGGAGACUCUGAGAUUGAGUUACUGCAGUUUGUCAGAGAUGAGCUGUGAUUCUCUGGUCUCAGCUCUGAAGUCCAACCCGUCACAUCUGACACAACUGGACCUGAGUGACAACAACCUGCAGGAUUCAGGAGUGAAGCAUCUGUGUGGUUUUCUGGAGAGUCGUCACUGUCGACUGGAGACUCUGAGAUUGAGUGGCUGCAGUUUGUCAGAGAUCAGCUGUGAUUCUCUGGUCUCAGCUCUGAAGUCCAACCCGUCACAUCUGACACAACUGGACCUGAGCUACAACUACCUGCAGGAUUCAGGAGUGAAGCAUCUGUGUGGUUUUCUGGAGAGUCGUCACUGUCGACUGGAGACUCUGAGGUUGAGUUACUGCAGUUUGUCAGAGAUCAGCUGUGAUUCUCUGGUCUCAGCUCUGAAGUCCAACCCGCCACAUCUGAUAGAACUGGACCUGAACUUCAACAAGCUGCAGGAUUCAGGAGUGAAGCGUCUGUGUGGUUUUCUGGAGAGUCGUCACUGUCGACUGGAGACUCUGAGAUUGAUUGACUGCAGUUUGUUAGAGAUCAGCUGUGAUUCUCUGGUCUCAGCUCUGAAGUCCAACCCGUCACAUCUGAGAGAACUGGACCUGACUAACAACAACCUGCAGGAUUCAGGAGUGAAGCGUCUGUGUGGUUUUCUGGAGAGUCGUCACUGUCGACUGGAGACUCUGAGAUUGAGUGGCUGCAGUUUGUCAGAGAUCAGCUGUGAUUCUCUGGUCUCAGCUCUGAAGUCCAACCCGUCACAUCUGACACAACUGGACCUGAGCUGGAACAAGCUGCAGGAUUCAGGAGUGAAGCGUCUGUGUGGUUUUCUGGAGAGUCCUCACUGUCGACUGGAGACUCUGAGAUUGAGUUGGUGCAGUUUGUCAGAGAUCAGCUGUGAUUCUCUGGUCUCAGCUCUGAAGUCCAACCCGUCACAUCUGAAACAACUGGACCUGAGUGGAAACAACCUGCAGGAUUCAUCAGUGAAGCGUCUUCGUGACCUGGUGCAGAGUCCAGACUGUGGACUGCAGACUCUGAGCUGGAGAUGAUCCAGAUGUAGAAGCAGCAGCAGUGUGUGUGUGGAGGUUCUGACUGGUCCAUGUUACUGGGAGCAGAGCUUCAUCCACAACUGACUGACAGAGGAACAGAUCCAGUGGAGACGACUCUCAGUGUGAACUGAUCUGAGACCAGCUGCUCUGUGUCCAGUCCACCAGGAUCAUGUGGGAAAUUAAGUGUGUGGUGCAGUAGUUACAUGUCUGAGACAGGGUUGAUGCAUUUUUACUUGCAUUUUUUUGUAUAAACAGUGUUUUCACACAUUGAUGGUGUUGUAAUAUGAGGUAGACAUUCUGGUCACAGACAUAUUGUUUAUAAAGCAUUUUAACUGUG